UGCCGUAGGGCGAGGUUCCAAGAUGGCGGCCCCCGCUCUUGCUGUUGCGGCGAGAGCAGCAGCAGGAAUCUUACGGCCCCUGAAUGUUUUGUCGUCUUCAGCCUAUCGAAACUGUGCCAGGAAUGCCUCUCUUAGUUUUGCACUGUCCACCCGACAUCUUUGUCACAUUCAGACUCCAGUGGUUUCCUCUGCGCCCAGACUUAGUACAUCUGUCAGAAACCUGACAUGGGGGUGUACUGGAACAAUCCUCAAUAGAGUGGCCUCCGUGCUCCCAGAUGUCCUGAAGCCACCAGUCAGAACUGUAACAUAUUUCAGUGCACGAAAAGGCAAGAGAAAGACUGUGAAAGCUGUCAUCGACAGGUUUCUUAGACUCCAUUCUGGCCUUUGGCUAAGGAGAAAGGCUGGUUAUAAGAAAAAAUUAUGGAAGAAGACAGCAGAAAGAAAAAGACGUCUGCGGGAAUUUGUGUUCUGCAAUAAGACCCAGAGUAAACUCUUAGAUAAGAUGACAACGUCUUUCUGGAAGAGGCGAAACUGGUAUGCUGACGACCCUUAUCAAAAGUAUCAUGAUCGGACAAACCUGAAAGUGUAGACCAGAAGUUCUGUGAUUUCUCAGUUAUUGAAUAUGUAUCUUUGUGUAUAUAUGAUGUCUUCGCAAAAUGAAUACGUAUAAAGCUUGAUGUAAGUUGUACCAACUGAUAUGGAAACAUACAGUACCAACAUUAAACUUACCAGAAUUUAAAAAUUUAAUGGAUUAAA